AUGUGGGAUUUGAGGUUGCAAGCCUUCGUGCCCAACGAGGAAAAUGGUUCGUGGUUGGUCGGCGAUGCAUCAUCGGAGUUCAUUCCUAGCGGCGAGCAAACUUCAUACGCUCCAAAGCCGUCGAACGAGUUUCGUCGUCCCGUGGUCUCGAUGUUGAGAUCGGCUUGCGAAUACGAUGGCGGCUUCAGGGUUGCUCAACAGAUUUGUUUAGCUCUGUCAUCUGACGGGGCGAUGGGUGGCGGUGCUGGGUAG